CUUUUAGCCCGGUACACAUAGUUCUCUUGUUCUGCAGACGUUGCCCAAAAAAGCCGCAAGGCACAAUUUGUUAUUAAAAAUGAUUCCAGAGCUGUCCAAAGAAUCCGUGUUGAUGAAGGAUCCUCAGAGGGUACAAGAUAUCCUCAAGUCCCUGUUAGACGCUGGACCCAACACGCUGCAGGUGAUCUCUGAUUUUGACAUGACCCUGACGCGAUUCCAAUACAAUGGGAAGCGAUGUCCUACGUGUCACAAUAUUCUUGACAACAGCAAAGCCAUCUCCGAAGAGUGCCGCCAAAAGCUGAAUGAUCUUCUCCAGACUUAUUAUCCUAUAGAGAUUGAUACCUCACGCUCAGUUGCAGAGAAACUGCCUUUGAUGGUGGAGUGGUGGACCAAAGCUCAUGACCUUCUUGUGGAGCAAAAAAUAAAAAAAGUGGAGCUGGCUGCAGCAGUGCGUGAGUCAGAUGCAAUGUUGAGGGAAGGUUAUGAGCUGUUCUUCGACCGUCUGAACCAGCACGCUAUCCCUCUGCUCAUCUUCUCCGCUGGAAUCGGAGACAUCCUGGAAGAAGUUAUACGGCAAGCCAACGUCUUCCAUCCCAAUGUCAAAGUCAUCUCCAACUACAUGGACUUUGACGAAUUUGGAAUGUUGAGGGCUUUCAAGGGAGAGUUGAUUCACGUCUACAAUAAAAGAGAAGGUGCGCUGCUAAACACGAGCCAUUUCGAGGAGCUGCAGUCAAGACCAAAUGUCCUGCUGAUGGGAGACUCUCUGGGGGACCUGAACAUGGCUGAUGGAGUUCAGAAUAUGAAGCACAUCCUCAAGAUUGGGUUCCUGAAUGACAAGGUUGAGGAGAGCAAACAGUCCUAUUUGGACUCCUAUGACAUUGUGUUGGUGAAAGAUGAAUCCUUGGAAAUUCCUAAUGCUGUCCUCCAGCUUCUUACUGGUAACAACUGAACUGUUUUUCAGCCCUGGCUGUAAAACAGCCAGAAACAUCGGCUGAGCAGCCGCCUGCUCUCCCAGUGUUGCCAGGAAUCUUCUCUCAAUGGAAAUAAAUAGCAUAAUGCUUUGCAAAAGUAUUGACACCACAUGAACUUUUUCACAUUUUGUAAUGUUGUAGCCACAAAAUGCAAUGACUUUCAUGCAAUUCAUUGUGCAAUUUUGAACUGGUAAGAAAGAACAUGUUAUUACUUUUUUCAUUUUCAAAUCAAUACUUUGUGGGACCAAGUUUCCAUUACAAGUAUUUUGGGGUACUUCUUUACCAGCUAUUCUUAUCCAGAGAUCAAAAUUUGAGCCAAUACUUUGUAAAGUAGUUCAACCCCAGUAAGAUUGCAUGGAAAGUAUCUGCAAGUGUCAAGUUUCAAGUGUUACUACAUAUUUUUAGCUGGAUUUGGAGGGGAAACUUGAAUAUGCUUUGAUCUCAACUAGUCCACUCCUCAAGGCUGGUGUCUUGGAGCCUUUAUGUGUCCCUGGUUCAACACACCUAAAUCUAGCUGCAGAAUUACGUCCUCAUUAUGCAGGCAAGUUCUCCAAAGUCCUGAUAAGGACUUAUUGUUGGAUUCAGGUGUGUUGAAGCACAGACUCGACUAAAUGUUGAAGGACACUGGUCUUAGAGGUUGGACACCUCUGAUCUAAUCCAUUACAUUGUAGCUUCCAUGUUUAGGGUUUUUGUCUUGUAUCAAAUGUUGCUGCAACCACAAUUCUUCAUAUGUUGAGGUUCUGGUAUUUUUCCAUCACAUCAUUUUGCAUGUAGGCAAAGAACGUUAAAUUUUACUCAUCUGUCUUGUUCCACAAGAUGAGUUGCUGGCUGUGUCCCUACAUGAGCAAAGGACUGAUUAUAAGGCUUCUCAUUGCUCUGAAGCCUUGUAAAAGUUCAAUAGGCCAUCUGAAAAAGUUCAAUAGGUAUUCAUUCUUUUUGCAAGGCAUUGUAUAUGAUUGUAUUUUAAUGUACAAAAAAAAACAAAAAAAACUAAUACCUGAGCGAGUCUGUGUCAGACCCCAAGUUGUUUUACAUCCGUUUGCAAACCUUACUAUUGUUUUGAACCACUACGAACCUGUAUGGAUUCUGUGGCAGCCUGUGUAUGUGUAUGAGGUUUUUGGUAUUUUUUUUAGUUCUGUUUAAGCAUUUCCUGUUUUAAUGUUGGAUUUAAUAUUUAAAAAUAAAACGCACAAUAAAAAUGUG